CGCGCGCGCCACCAUCAAUUCGCGUGCUCGAAACCUGCUCGCGUUUUCUCCCUUCUCCACGGUCGGUCGCGGCCGGUCCCGCCGCGCCGUGUGGAGUCGCGUGGGCUGCGGCGAUGGCGACGGGGCAGUAGUUCCGAUCGAGCAAGUCAACAGGGCUAGCUAGAUCUCUCCGUAUAUAGCACAGCCCCACGGCUGAAGAUUCUGGCCGCUGCUGCGAGAGAGAGAGAGAGGGGCUAGGAAGGAGAGGUAGCAUGCCCAUGGAUAGCGGGAGGAAGCAGGGGGUGGUGGCGAUCGAGUGCGUGGCGGGCGGGUCGCGGGCGGAGGAGUGGGGGCCGGGGUGCAGCGAGACGGUGCAGACCGGCGACGUGGUGGAGGAGCUGCUCAUCGGCGUCGGCGGCCGCGGCGGCCACACCUCGCACGCCGCGCCCUUCAAGGGCGGCCGCGCCGCGCUGCAGAAGCUGCUCCACGCCGCCUUCAAGCGCGGCGACACCUCCGUCGAGGUGCGCGCGCGCCGCCCCGCCCAUAGGCCGGCGCGGCAGCAGCAGCAGCAGCAGCUGGAGAUGGACAGCAGCGGGGAGCUGGUGAGCCCCACCUCCUCCGAGUCGUCGGUCGAGACCACCACCACCAGGAUGCAGGCCUGCAUCGUGCCGCAGGUGGCCGCGGCCGGCGGUGGCGGCGGCGGCGGCAUCGUCGGGAUGGCCAUGCCCGGCCGCAGCAGCCGCCACUACGUGCUCCGGUCCAUCCGCGACCCCAACUACGCCGUCGGGCUCGUCGACCGCAUGGAGAGCGAGUGCGUCGCCUUCCGAGGGUCGAGGAGCUCCAGGGUGGUGUGCGCGCUGAGCAAGGCGCAGCUGCAGGACGGCUAUGUGGCCUACCCGUGGGAGAAGAAGAUGAGGGAGAUGCUCCCGGUGCCCAAAUCCAGCAGCUUCCUCUCCAUCCUCGUCCUCCCCACGGCGCUCGACCGCGCCAACUCCCGCUACAACUCCGUCGACGACACGCUGGCCCGCGCCAACGCCUGGUUCCUCGCCUCCCAGGCCUCCGGGGUGCCCAUCGCCUUCCUCAACGUCCAGACCGAGGCCCUCCUCACCAAGAUCUCCGGCGACAUGGCGUCGGCGACGGUCAACUCGGGGUCGCUGGCAGACCUCCCGAACCUGGCCAACGCGAGCCUGUACGGGUUCGAGGACUACCACGGCGUGGACAUCGGCGUGGUGAAGGCGGUGCGCAUCUGGUUCACCGCGGCCGCCGGAGAAAUGCCGGUGGAGAUCACCCUCGACGAAAGCGACACCAAGCUCGGCUUCGCCAUCAGCCGCACCGAAGAGGGUUUCCUCUACAUCUCGUCCGUCAUCGAAAACGACGACGACCUGCCGGCGCCGUCGACGCGGUCGGGCAUCCGCGACCUCUACCGGGAGGCGAAGCGCGCGUCCAAGCUGCUGGUCAUCUCCAGGGUGUCGUGCCGCAAGGUCCUGCCGUGGAUGGUGUCCACCUCCGGCGCCAUCCGGUGCUUCGACACCGUCUCGCUCAGCCAGAAGCUGUCCCUGCACCGCCACGCCCUGCGCCCCAUCCUGCUCCACGUCCUCAUGUGGGACGCCAGCGCCCCCGCGCCAGCCCGCGUGCAGGGGGAGCCGCCGUGCCCGACGCCGCAGCCGUCCCCGUCAUUCGCCGAGGUGCUGCGGCAGAACUCGUUCGCCUGGGUCGAUGACCAGGACCAGCAGGAGCAGGCGGACGGCGAGCAGGGGCUGGUUCAGGGCAGGGACACCGCGGGGGACGCCUCCUUCAGAUUUCACAACUUCUCGCUGCCCAACAACUGGGUCUGAUGAACGCUUAGCUGCACGAUGCAUCCCAUCUUACUACUGCGCUACUGUACAUAUUUUACAUCUCGAUUAGUCGGUUUGUGAUGAGAAGGAACACUUUGCAGUGUGACAGCUUAUUUCGCAGAGUGAAAGCAUAGUUUUGACCCGUAAAAUAGUGGUAUGUUUCAUUUUUUAAAACACCACAUAUUACCAUGUACACGAUGGAUUGUAAGCAUGAUGCUCGUAGACAGCAAGGAUGCUAUUGUUGGAUAA